CCUUAUUAUGUUCCAGACCAGAAACAGGCGCUGCAGGAGGUUUUUGAGAUGCUCCCCGAGCUCCCCAAAGAGCUCCAAACCUCAAAAAUCUUCGUUCUAGCCACAGAUUUCCGGUUUAUAGUACUACCCGUGUUUUUUAUGUCGACCCUAUUAUUGCUGGAAUCCGGAAUUUUCACAUUUUUGAUCUACAAAAAUAUGAGCGCCCAAAGCAAGGAGCUCUCCCUAUCCCCACAAACUAUAAAAAUGCAAAAGCAGUUCCUACGAGCCCUGAACAUCCAAACCUGCAUCCCACUUGCCAUACUCUUGAUCCCACUGUGCUAUUUGGUGAUUUCCCGGGUUUUCCUGAUCUACAACCAAGUUGCUAACAAUUUUUGUUUUAUAACCAUCGGAGCCCACGGCCUGUUUUCCACGCUUAUCAUGCUCUAUAUACAUAUUCCGUAUCGAAAUUUCUGUGUGGAUAAGUUGUGCUCAAAGGUACCUGGCUUCAAGAGGAGAACGUCACGGGUGGUGCAGCUAUUUGGAUCACUUUGA